UUGAAGUGAUACCAAUACUUUUCUCCGAGACGGAACAGCACAGAGCCCCAUUCACUCCCAUUCACAUUUUCACAUCGAUUUCGCGUGAUCUUCAGCGAGUCCGUCCGUCCGUUUCACCUAUGCGAGGUUUGCAGGUCUCAAUUCUCUCUCUCUCUCUUCCAAUCGCAAUCUCUCAAAUACCACGCUUCGCAGGUGAAACUGGUCCUCGCGAUUGCGACCAUAUCCACACGCUGUAUCGCAGUUUCACUUGUGCUCUCUCGCCAAACUGAAGCUCAGGAAGCGUGUGGAUCUUCGAUUAGUAGUUUAUUUUUUCGCGCGGCGUAAAUUAUUCAAAUAGUUUCCCCCAAACGACACGAGAACCGUUCGAAAAUGUCACCAACCAGGAUGUUGACGACGAUCGUCCUUGCGCUGGCCGUACUUCUGCUGGCGAUCGAAGCGAGCCCCAUGUACUACAAGAAGGUUGCCGGACAAAAGUUCGAACCAGAUUGGGUAGCAGUGUCAUCAACCGUCAUUCCGCUGGCGGAGUACCGGGUGAGCGUGGGCGCACUUAAAUCCACACCGCCGGACGAGUACAAGCGGGCCUACUUGCGGCACAAAAAGCUCACCGCACUCAGCAAGGUGAAGCUGGACAAGGAAGGCACCUCGCGAGUGGUCGUACGGGUUCAGCAGCACCCCGACACGCUCAUCACCGCUGGCAAAAAGAUUCCCGAGAAGAAAUCGACGGGCGAUUAGGCGUCGUCGGUGAGGUUACCAACGAGUUGAUGCACCGAAGAGAACCUUCAAUCUAACAACAAACAAACACGUGCGCUGUAAAUAACAAUCCCCGUUGCAUUAUUUAUGUUUGUUAUGUCUAUGGAGUGUUUUUUGUCUACCUGUUCCCUCUCGCUUUCUACUUGUGUUUGGCGCGGCGAUCGGCUCAGCCAAGUGCCAAUAUGUAAGAUGAUUUGAUUACUCCGUAAUAUAUGUUUGUUGAAAAAAUAAAUAACCCGAAUGUGAUAUUUCAUAGCAGUUUUGCAGAUUUGGAGAAAUUUAGGCCGUGUCACUUGUCCCGAAUUGCGACUGAGAAUAACGGAACAUCAAUUCGAGAUCACGAUUACUUUGUGCGGUCAAGUUUCCAAAUUAGGGCCACAUGAGUAAUCUCUAGAUGAUGAAGAUUCCGCCUACGUAAUUUGUUGAGUUGUGAGCUGUUUUCGAUUUUCUGUUUGAAGGUUUUGUUUUUACUGAAAAUGCUUUCAAUAAGGAUUGAGAUAGUGUAUGCCUUUUUGUUACAUUUUAGUUUCCAU